UUCCACAUCUCCUCACUGGCUCCCCUCCAGGGCAAACUGUGACGGCGAUCUGCUAAUGUUUACAAGGUACUGAGAAACUCGUUGACCUUGAUGAAAAGCAGACAACAAGCUGUUAGCACAUCAUGAAUAAUGAUAUUAAUGUGAGUGUAAUUAGUGCUUCAGGUCAGUGCAAGUGUUUGAUGUGGAUACAAUGUGGAGCAAUGCUUGGAUGUGCGAAAAGAUGACAGUACUGCAACUGGGGCCUGUUGCACAAAAGUAGAAUUAAGACAUCCGGGAUGAAUGACUCAGCUGAGCUCAAUGAAGCCAAAACAUGUGCGUCCAGGCUUAAUUGGUUGCACAAAGACCAAGCCAGGAUGAGCAGACACGGAUUCAUUAAGCCAGGUGAAACCAAUCCUGGAUAGGUGCGCGCUCACGGCUCACUCAAAUAGACCCCGCCACAGAUCACAGAUUAACUGAUUUACCAUGGCAACUAGAGCCGCGUACUUUUCCCCGUCGGAAGCACAAAUCCUCAUGGAGGCAUACGAGGAGGUAAAAGAUAUAAUUAAGAAGAAAGGCAACACCGCCACAGUGAUAAAGCAAAGAGAAAAAGCGUGGCAAAGUAUUGCAGACCGCCUGAAUGCGUAAGUAGUGCACAAUUACACAGUCACCGCUCCGCUGAAACAUCACAAUUACAAUUCAAAUAUUUAAUUCACAUCUCCAAAAAUGCAGUUGUACUGUAAUUAUGAAACGGUUAAAUUUUUAAUUGAAAUGCACUGCAGAUAUGAGUGAAAUUGUGUAAAGUAACUCCAUCACACUGUAUAAAGCUAUGAUAAAUUUUUUGAUAUUUUUACUGAAAACAAGACAAAAAUACCAAGUAAUUUUUUGCAGUGUGACUCCAUUAAAUGUGUGUGUGUGUGUGUGUGUGUGUGUGUGUAGAUUAAACAUGAACGGGCCAAAACGGACAUGGCAGCAGGUCAAAAUCAAAUACAAGAACAUUCUGCAGAAUGCAGUGAAAAAGAAUACCCACAGACAAGGCACGGGUGGUGGGUCACCAAAGGCUGACCUUACCCCAGCAGAGGACAUGGCCUUGGAGCUAAAUAAAGGCAGGCCCGUCUUAGAGGGGAUCCCUGGGGGGAAAGAGACGAGCAUAGGUUCCUCCCAAGAUGCCACCCGCUUCAUUCAAGUGUCUGGCAGCACUGUGUUCCUGUUAGAGCCACCAGCACAAGCACCAGACGAUGCUGAUCCAGGUGAAGGCCCCAGUGCAGCAGCAACAGCACAUGAUGGAGACGAUGAUGAGGAGGAGACCAUCUCUCUGGAUUCCAGAAGGCAUGAGGACCCAGAUGCUAUACAGUGGGAAAACCAGCCUGGCAACAUAAGCUCACAAGCUAUCAGAAAGUUGUAUGGCAACCACCUCCGGCACCAAAUAGAACUGGCAGACAUAGACAUUCAGUACAAGAAGAAAAAGAUGGAAAAUCUUGCACUGGAGUCCGAAAUAAAAAAGAGGACAAUUAGGAAACUGGACCUUGAAAUAAAAAAACUUGAGAGGGAGCUCCAAGAAGAUGACACAGCUCAAAAUAAAAAUUAGCAAUCAGUACAACCAAGUCAUCGUUAUAAGGCAUCGCCCUCUUUUGCCCACCCCCCCAGCACCAGGUGUGGCCACUAGCCUAUAUGAAGGCCCAAAAUUGUGUGUUCCUUUCUGCUCUGACAAUGGCAUGCCCAUUCGUGCGAGAUGUGGUGGAUGAAGAAGCACUUGUGCUGAGGAGAGCCUUCAGGCGAGAAAGGGUCUUCAGGGACCGGUUGGACCCACUGGCCUUCCCUGAUGACCAUCUAUAUGAAAGAUACAGGUUUUCUGCAGAUGGCAUCAGGUAUCUAUGCAGACUACUGGGUCCCAGGAUUAAGCACCGCACUGCACGGAGCCAUGCACUGAGUGUGGAGCAAAUGGUUUGUGUGGCCUUGCGCUUUUUUGCUAGUGGAGCCUUCCUGUACUCAGUGGGGGAUGCAGAACAGCUGAACAAGGCCACAAUUUGCCGCACAAUAAGGAGUGUGUGUCUGGCUAUCAAAGCAUUAGCAGAUGUCUUCAUCUCCUUCCCUGGCCACAGAAGACUCUGUGACAUCAAAGAGGAGUUCUAUAGGAUUGCAGGUAAGAGGAUCUACAAAUUACAGGACAACUGUUAACACAUAGUAGGAUACUCAUUACUUUGUGUGACAGGUUUCCCC